GCGAGAUCUCGUUGCUAUGGAAAUCAAUUACAAAUGGCUGCGCCCAUUCAAUAACAAAGCAACAACAAAGGAUUCAGUUUAGGAUCUGCAGUCAUGCCAGGAGAAAAGAAAAAAGACAAGAAAAGGGGCGAUGAUGGACCCGAAGAAAAAUUGAAAGGAGUGUACAUGUUUGCCAAUGGAGAUAAAUACGAUGGAGAGUACAGCAAGGCUGAGGCUGGUGCCCUGGAGCGGAAUGGGGAGGGCACUCACACAACAACAGAGGGUGUGGUGUAUGAAGGACAGUGGGCAGGGGACAAGAUGAAUGGUCAAGGGAAGUUGACCCAUCCAUCUGGCAGUGUGUACAUUGGCAAGUUCAACAACAACCAGUUUCAUGGAACCGGAAAAUAUGUCUGGCCCAAUGGAUCAUUUUAUGAAGGACAGUUUGUUGAAAACAAGAUGGAAGGAGACGGAGAUUUUACUGAUACAGAAAACCAGACAUGGACAGGAACAUUUCGAUAUCGUACUGCACCUGGACUCCGUUUUAAGCUGAAUAUGGAAUAAAGUUUUUGUGUACCAUCACAUGUAUAAAGAUUUGAAGGUCAUUUGAAUGUUCUGUGAAACAGUAUUAGUUUACUGUUCAUCCACAAGGUUUACUCUCCCUCAUUUUGUGAAUGUAAAUAUUUCAUUGGAAUUGUAGAUAAUGUGUAUGAAAAAUAAAUGUGUAUGUUGUUAAA